CUAUCUAGGCUAUUUUGUUAUUAAAUUUAUUUGAAUCAAAACAUUGUGAAUUCAAUCUUAAGGCGUUUCACAAUGAAAUUUAUAGCUAGCGUGUCUAUUGGUUCAUGGUUGUUGGCUACAUGUUCGUGAAAUCUGUAUCUCAGAUUUAUAGGCAUUUUUAACAUGGCAACUUGUUCAGUGUGAUAGAACUUCUUCAGUGCUCUGUCACUUUUGCUAAUAUUUUUUGUAUCGCAUUGACUUUUGUCUCUUAAUUAGUUAUGAAGAGAGUAAUUCUAUUUAUGAAUGGGACCGAUGUAAAUGGCAAGGUGGCUGUAAUUUUAUAUGUAGUAAACUGUGACGUGGUUAACACUUUCAAUAAGUUUCUUUGAUUUGUUCUAUUUAUUAACUUUUAUUUUUACAUAAACUUUAUGUAUAUUAUUGUAUUUAUGGUUACUCAUUCAUUAGACGAGUUAUUAACUGCUGCUAGCACAAAAUUUAAAAUGACUGCUCAAAGAAUAUUUACACCUCAGGGUGGAGAAAUAGAUGAUAUUAAAUUAAUAAGGGAUGAUGAUGUCUUAUAUGUUUCAAAUGGAGAAGAUUUUAUUACAAAGGAUAAAAUUAAUACAAAGAAUCAAUUAAAUAGAAAUUCAGAGUGGAUUACAUUAAAUGUUGGUGGAAAGUAUUUUACAACAACUAGGGAUACCUUAACAAAGAAGGAACCUACAAGUAUGCUAGCCAGAAUGUUUAGUGAAACAACAAACAAUGAACAAAGGAUUUUACCAAGUAGACAAGAUCAUAGUGGUGCAUUUUUGAUUGAUAGGAGUCCAACAUACUUUGAGCCAUUAUUAAACUAUUUGAGGCUUGGGCAGAUCAUACUUGAUGCUAACGUUAAUGCAGCAGGUGUUUUGGCAGAAGCACGCUUUUAUGGAGUAGAAGGUGCUAUUGAAAUAUUAACUGCAAUGGUUGAAGAAGAGGAACUACAGAAAAGUGGGUUAGUAUCGCUAACAAGAAAGGAUGUACUUAAAGCUAUCAUGUCAACACCUAUAUCUUCUGAACUUAGAUUCCAAGGAGUCGAUUUUGUUGGUGCUGAUUUAUCAAAAUUAGAUCUUAGAAAUAUUAAUUUUAAGUAUGCAAUUAUGCGUGGCUGCAGCCUGGCAGGUGCAAAUUUAUCAGGCUGUUGUUUUGAUCGUGCAGAUUUAUCUUAUGCAAACCUUCAAGGUGCUCAACUUGUUUGUGUAAAAAUGUUGUGUGCAAAUCUUUUUGCAGCCAAUCUUCAUUCAUGCAACUUUGAAGAUCCUGGUGGUUUACCUGCCAACAUGGAAGGUGCCAAUUUGAAAGGUGCCAAUCUUGAGGGUAGCAAUAUGGCUGCUGUAAAUCUUAGAGUUGCAACUCUAAAAAAUGCUAUCCUAAGAAACUGUGAUCUUAGAUCAGCUGUACUAGCUGGUGCUGACUUAGAAUGUUGCGACUUAUCAGGGUCUGACUUACAGGAAGCAAAUUUGCGUGGUGCAAACCUAAAAAAUACGGCAUUUGAACUGAUGUUAACACCAUUACAUAUGUCACAAACGAUACGAUAACAAUGAAAGCAGUACCCCGCAUCUGCUGCGGCGGUAUAAUUUCUGUGAUCUAGACACUUAUUUAAUUUAUAGGAUAAUAAGGAUUUAAGUGAUAGUGAUUUGAGCCUGGCACUGCUAUUCUUUGAUGCUUUACAGACGGUCAGAAAGUACAGACUGAGAAUAUAGAUUACAUUAGAAAAUGUAUAAUUAAGUCUCUAU